GCCCCAGUCUUCGUUACGGAGGCAAUAAAUUCAAGAUGGCGGCGAAUUUGUAAGCACUGUAAUGUCUGAAAACCUGAGUCAUGCUGGGGACUCUGAGGGUGAUACAGAUAACCUGGAACUUGUUCAGGAAAUCUUUGAUAUUAUAAAGGAUGUUAGGGACCCUGAGUUACCUCAAACUCUGGAGGAGCUGAAUGUCAUUGAAGAAGAAUAUAUCCGAAUUAACAAGUUUGGAGAUGAUGAAUAUAGCAUACAAAUAGAAUUCAAACCCACUGUUCCCCACUGUUCCCUUGCAACCCUCAUCGGACUAUGUUUGAGGGUUAAAUUGGAGCGUUCAUUACCUUACAAGUUUAAGCUUGACAUCUUCCUUUCCAAGGGAACUCAUUCAACAGAGAAUGAAAUCAACAAGCAGAUAAAUGAUAAGGAACGCAUAGCAGCAGCAAUGGAGAACCCAAAUCUAAAGAAGAUUGUUGAGGAGUGUAUUUCCAGUGAAGAUGGAUAAAUUCCAGUCAGAUCUAGCGUACUUUUAUAAACUUUCAUGUAGAACACGCUCAGUGCUACACAAAGAACCUUUAAAUGUUUGAACUUAGAAUGGAUUAUCCUGCAGGAUGUUUUAACUAAACGUUUUGCCAGUGAAGACUAGUAAAUAGUCCCAACACAAGAAAACAUCCAGGAAGGCUGUGCAUCAGUUUGUACAAUAAUGAUCACAAUUCAUACACAAUCAUUUCAGACAAAAUUAUGGGUUUUUUUUUAAACUCAUAUCAACUAACAGUCAUUCCAUUGAAGUCUUUGAAAGACUUUCAGUAAGUGAUAUUAAUAGUAAUGAAAGAAUUCAUUUCUCUUCACUUGAAAAAAAGUAUCCUAAAAGGAAUAUUUACAGAAUUACUUAACAAAAACAAUAACAACCAGAAGAUAAUCUGCAUUUAAUUAUGUUUGAAAACAUUUUCAGAAUGCUACAAUUUAUUCAUGGUACUUGUCAUUUAAAAAAAAAGAAGAGACAACGGUCAGGAAUAUAUUGAAAAUUGAGAAAUUUUGAAUAUAUAAGUAGUUUAUUUUAAAUGGGGAGAAGAACCAAAGGUUACUUGUGGAGUAAUAGCAUUUGAUCAUCUUUAUAAUUGUAAUUUGCCCAACUCAAGCCCUCAAUUAUUAAAUAUGCAGCUUACUGUCCUUUAAUCUA